CCCCAUCUCUGUGACAGGGAACAAGUGAAGAAGGCGGCUGUGUGUGUGUGUGUGUGUGGGGGGGGGUGAGAUCAGGAGGGAUCAGGCAAUGGGCACAGAGGUAGGCAGUGAGAGUAAAACAUCCGGGCUAUUGUGCUCAGUACAUUUUAGCUGAUCACUUCUGGAAGAGGAGACAGGAGGAGGCAGACAUUAUCAGCAGUGCUAUCCUGGCAGGAGGCAGGCGGGCAGCAGGUGGGCAGCAGGUGGGCAGCAGGCUGCAUGUGAAGCUCAGCACAUCACAGGGAGGAGGACACAUGAGAAUAUGGCCAGCACGGACAAUGACCUAAUUGGUAUUCCGUUCCCCAAUCACAGCAGUGAAGUUCUGUGCGGACUCAAUGCACAAAGACAAGAUGGUCUCCUCUGUGACGCCAUCCUUAUUGUUCAGGAACAGGAAUACAGAACGCACAGGUCCGUCUUAGCCGCCUGCAGCCAAUAUUUCAAAAAGCUCUUUACGACAGGCUCAUUAUUAGACCAGCCCUAUAUAUAUGAGAUUGACUUUGUUGAGCCUGACGCAUUUUCCGCCAUACUGGAAUUUGCCUACACGUCCACUCUGACCAUCACCACGUCAAACAUCAAACAUAUCUUGGAUGCAGCGGAGAUGCUGGAGAUCCAGUGCAUUAUCAACGUAUGUUUGGAAAUAUUACAGACACCCAGAGAUGGGGAAGAGAAUAAUGAGAAAGAAGAAGAUGAGGAUGAGGAUGAUGACGAUGAAGAAGCAAAAGACUUUAUGAAUGAGGAGAACCAAACUGAUAUCAAGGACUCCAGCUGUCAUCAAAGCCCGCCAAAAUCGGACCAUCCGGAGGGGCAUUAUGAAAUGCAAAAGGACCUCCCAACACAUUUCUCAUCCAUCACCAAUACCAAUAGUCAACAAAACGCUAUAAAAGAUUUCUCAAUUGAAUCUUUACUAAGUGAAAACCUGUACCCCAAAAAUAACAUUGCAGAGAGGAGGCCAACCAUUUCUCAUUUUCUACCUGGUUUCUUCCCCCAUCUUUGGAACGGCGAUUUAGGGGCCUUUUCCCAACUCCAAGACCAACCAGAAGACAAUGGACCCUUGGAUCUUGUGAUAAAAAACAGAAAAAUUAAAGAGGAGAAACAAGAUGAACUACCUGCACCCCCUUUCCCAAAUAACUUUUUUAAGGAGGUGUUUGCCGACCAUUCGGGCAACCACUUUGGACAAAUUAAGGCAGAAAUGGACUAUAGCGCUUAUCUCGGCUUUCUGAGUGCAGCGCAUUUGGGAAUGUUUCCUCCGUGGCCUUUGGAGGAAGAAAGAAAAUUAAAGCCAAAGGCAUCACAGCAAUGCCCCAUCUGCCAUAAAGUAAUCAUGGGGGCGGGGAAACUGCCUCGGCAUAUGAGAACCCACACCGGAGAAAAGCCAUAUAUGUGCAACAUCUGUGAGGUCCGCUUUACUAGGCAGGACAAGCUGAAGAUACACAUGCGGAAACACACAGGGGAGCGGCCAUACUUGUGCAUUCACUGCAACGCCAAGUUUGUUCACAACUACGACCUCAAGAACCACAUGCGCAUCCACACGGGAGUACGACCCUACCAGUGCGAGUUCUGCUACAAGAGCUUUACUCGCUCCGAUCAUCUUCAUCGUCACAUCAAGAGACAGAGCUGCCGGAUGUCCAGACCCAGAAGAGGGAGAAAGCCUGCGUCCUGGAGAACGGCCAAUCUAAUGUUUGCCCGUAACAACCGCCAGGAGGAUAAAAAUUUCCUGAUGAUGCCCCCUGGUCUGGAUGGGACCGUGUGUGUUCCAGGGCCCAGCCAAAAGCAUUUUAUGGAGGAGGCCAGAGGCAUAAUCAACCUGCAGGACUUGGAAAGCCAGUUUGAAGACUCCCAGAUGACACUGUUAGAAAAGGCCCAUUUGGAACCGGAAAGAAACGGCAGACUCUUUGCAUUUCCAUUGUCUCAUAGCGAGACCCUCUCUCCGAGUCAGUUCCUGGUUGGUGGGAACCCUUGGGACCUGUCGUAUAACCACUCAUCAGUGGCGGAAACAGUAAAGAGCUACAGUUAAACUUUGUAACAAGGACUGACGAUGUGCGACAAUGUACUUUGUAACAUACGCAAUGUUUUAUAGAUAUUUAACCCCCCAAACGGGGGGUCUUAAUCGCUGACACACAAAUCCUCUCCAAAGAGUGAGUGCACACUCACAUAUAUACAUCAGUAUAAUACUGAUCUACGUGUCUAUGCCCCUGCCACUCACACCCAUAUACACAUGAACAGUUUUGCUCCCUCUUUUUAAUUCCGACAUGGGGCUACAGGCGCUAAUAGGUUUAUUUAUUAUGAUUUCAAUAUCUGAAGCCCCCUAUUAACGGACAGUGGAAAUAAUUUCACAGCAUUUGACACAGAACCUUUACCAAUUUGCUGGUCCUCAUGGUUUACAUGUAAUUUUAUCUGAAUUACAAUUACACGCAUGAUUAGGCACAGGAUUAAAGGGGAAGUUAACCUUAGACUGAACUUGUAAUAUAUGAUGUGAUAACAGGUCUGGACUGAUAAUGAAAAUAGGCCCUGGCAUUUCAGGUACCAAUCAGUCCACACAGAGGCCCAAAUAGCCCCCACCAACCCACUAAAUACUGACUUUCUAUGUCACUUUAUAGCAGCCCCUCUAGCAUUUGCCAGAACCCACAGGUUGCCAGUCCGGGUCUGUGUGAUAGCCAUAUUCUGUAGUGUAUUUGCUUUUCUAUUCUGCCUUUUUCUGACCCAAAUGAUAGGUAAGAAAUUAUGUCUGAUUGUAUCAGGUCCGUAAGAUCAACAACCAGAAAUCAGAUGUUUUUUUUUUUUUAAUCUUUGAGUUUAGGUCUCAUCCAUUGUCUAGUCUUCAUUCACACUGCUGCCUGUUGCUAGGCUAAAUGGAACCAUAGUAACCAAAUAGAAGUGGAAAUAGCAAACUAAAAAACUGCAAUCCAAAAAAAAAACCAAACCUUUAAAAAAACCACCAAAA